AUGGGCGCCGACAAGCCCAACGGUGUGAUCAACUACUGCCGCCGACCUCCUCAGAGACCAUUUCUCCAAAGGAUCAAAUAUGGGAUCUGGAAUCCAGAAGAGAGGACAUUUCUUGGAAGGACUGGAAAGCGAUGGGGUGUGAUCGGUCUCAUUUACCUGGUGAUGUACAUCUGUAUCAUCAUCUUCUUCUCUAUCUGCAUGACUGGACUGAUGGCUACUAUGGACGAGAAGAUACCGUACUUCACGCUAGCUGACUCCAUCAUAGGUGCGAACCCAGGCAUGGGCCAUAGACCUCUAUUAUUCGAAGAAGGAGCCCUCAUCUGGUACAAUGCCACCAAUUCCACACACGUCCAGAAGUAUGUGGACAAUAUCAACGACUUUUUGGCUCCAUAUAAUAACAAAACCUUGUUGAUUAACAAGGGUGUGAAUCAGCGUGAUUGCAAAGGCGUUAAACCGCCACGAGGUGAGGUUUGCAGCUUCAACACGACGCUAUUUGGACCUUGCUCGGAGGAGAACGGUUAUGGAUACGCGAAUCAAACGCCGUGUCUCAUCGUCAAAUUGAAUAGGUUAUAUGAUUUUAUUCCCGACUUCUAUGACGAUCCCGGAGACUUACCAAGUGAUAUGCCACCUGACAUCAAAGAAUACAUCGUCAACGCUACUGCACAAGAACGUCGUAAAGUGUGGGUAUCGUGCAAGGGCGAGCGUCCAGCAGACACUGAAGCGCUGGGUAAUCUCAAAUACUACCCGUACCCAGGUCUCUCCGAGACAUACUUCCCGUAUGAUAACACACCUGGCUACCUCAGCCCUUUAGUCGCAGUUCAACUGUUAAACCCUAAACUGGGCCAGAUUAUAAACAUCAGGUGCAGAGCGUGGGCCAGAAACAUCCAGUACACAGAAAGCUUGAAGGAAAGGCUUGGCUCCACUCAUUUGGAAAUCAUGAUUGACUGA